GAGAGCAUCCGAUUGAAGACAGAGAUUGUCCGAGAAGAUUUGGGAGACCGAAGCGGUAUAAUUAUUUGUCCCCUAGUGCGAUUGGUUUCAUUUGGGAAGUGGCAGAGGAAGCGGUCGGUCGUGCAAAAUGGGAAGACUCGCAGUGAUUGUGGUACUAGUUGGCCUGCUGGCCUUCGUUAGUGGUCAAGUUGACGAGGUGCUAAAGUGGCAAAAGGUAGAGUACGAUGUACCGGCCUCAGUGUUGCAGGCAGAAAAUGGUUACAUACCUAUCGGCAAUAUCCCGAUGGGAGCAGUGCAUUACAAAAAUCGGGUAUUUGUGGCGGUAGCCCGACGCCGUUGGGGUAUUCCCUCCACAUUGAACGUAGUAGACAUUGCGCCACCAUUUCCCAACACCAACGUGGUCCUGAAACCGUAUCCCAACUUUGCCCUUAACGAGCUUCGAGCCGAUCUGCAACCAGAUGCGAACCGUAUCGUAACCGUUUACCGGCCACGUGUUGAUCGAUGUGAUCGUUUGUGGUUUGUCGAUACAGGCAUGAUGGAAAUACCCGGAAAUUUCACUGUCGUUCAACGGCCAUCGAUUUGGUCGAUCGAUCUGAAAACCAACCAGCCGAUUCAUCGAUUUGAAAUCCCCAAAGAGGCAGUAGAAACCGGCUAUGGUCUGACAUCAAUCACGCUCGACGUAGAUCCGGAUGAUUGCGAGAAGGUGUUCGUCUACAUUUCUGACCUUCAAACCUACCGAAUGGUAGUGUAUGAUUACGUGAAUCGGCGGGCCUGGCGUUUCUUGCACAACUACUUCUUCCUGAACCCGCUAGAAGGAGAUUACCGUAUCCAAGGCAUCAACUUCGCUUGGGAUGAUGGCAUUUUCUCGAUCGCACUUAGCAAUCCCGACCCGGCGACCAAGUUCCGGACAGCUUACUUCCACGCACUCUCCAGUAACUCGGAGUUCACCGUAUCAACGAAGGUGCUGCGCAAUGAGACGGCUUCCCAACGUGGCUAUCAUGGUACUGAUUUCCAGCUGCUUGGCUAUCGCGGCGGCAAGUCCCAAUCCAGCAUUCACGCGUUCGAUCCUGAAACGGGCGUUAUCUUCUUUGCGCUGAUUCAACAGAACGCCGUCAGCUGCUGGGAUUCGAAUAAACCGUUUGCCCCGCAGAACAUGGCGAUCGUGUACAAGAACGAUCAGAACAUUGUGUACCCGAACGAUCUAUCGAUUGACCAGGAGGGUUACGUCUGGUUUAUGACCAACUCGAUCAUCAAGCUGUUGUACUCUGAGCUGAAGCUGGACGAGUUCAACUUCUUCGUGUGGCGCGCAAACAUUAAGCAGAUCAUCAAGAAUACCGUCUGCGAUCCGACCGUUCCACCUAACGUCCAUAUGACCCAACGCUUCGGAGAUUCAGAUAACAAUGAUCGAGUGACAUUCUACGAGUACAAGGAUAAAUAUGGACCGGGAGGCGGCCCCUUUGGAGGUUGGGGUCAUGGACCGAAAGGUGGACGACGUCCAUAAAGUUAAACUGACACGGGUGUAAAACGGAAUCCGAACAGAAUAAACUUCGCUAAAGGCCGAUGGCUUUGUGCAAACCGAUCAUA